UGACAAAAAAAAAUAUUAGUGGAACCAGAAAGGAUAUAAAGAUCUAUCCUUUUGGUGAACAUCCUUGUGUCAGAAGGAAACCUAGUGAAAAAAAAAAGGAUAUUAAGAAAUAUCCCUGUGACUAAAAAAAUAUUAGUGGAACCAGAAAGGAUAUAAAGAUCUAUCCUUUUGGUGAACAUCCUUGUGUCAGAAGGAAACCUAGUGAAAAAAAAAAAAAGGAUAUUCCUUCAGUGGAUUAUAAACUUCAAAAAAACAACAACCAUAAUAUAAAGACUGAUUAAAACUAUAUUAAACAAAAAACAAGAAAAAAUAACCAAUACAACAACAAAACAAAAUAAAAUUUAAAAUACGGGUCUAAUACAAGCAAACAACAACAAGGAGAAGUAAUAAAACAACAGCAACUAUUGGAGCAAUAUUGUAAAGAAAUAACAUUACCAACAAACCAAUAAGGAACAGUUCAUGCCGAGAACUGCACCGUGGAAGACCCUACUACUAAGAAGAAAGUAAACCUGCAAUCCUUAGCACCAACAACCAAAUUACAAAAUGAUUAACUGGAUCAUAAUAAUGGUUGCAUUUACUACAGCAACCAAGGCCCAAACCCUCGACAUACAAGACUUAUCGAACAAUAAUGGUUACAUACCGAUAAAAACAGGAGAGACCAAUACCGUAGAACACUACAUAAAAGUACUGCACAUAAUAAACACUACAGAAUUCGAACGAACUAUGGAGAUAAUUAAAACCAACAUUGACACCCUAAAGACAUCCAGUAGCGAAUCAAAAACAUUAAUCAGUACAAUAAACAAGAACUUUAUGCUACUAAAAGCGAAAAUAGAAAAUCUUAACCCACAUUUUAGAAAGAAACGGGCACUCUUAAACAUUAUAGGAAAAGGCUUAAAAAUGAUUGCAGGUACAAUGGACAGCGAUGAUGAAGAACAAAUAACUGAAGCUCUCAAAUCUCUACAUUCGAACGAAGAAAACUUAACUAACAAAAUGAACAAACUAACUUAUAUAAACAAUGUCAUGAACUCCCAAAUCCAGAACAUAACUAACCAUAUAAACUAUCAGCAAAACAUUAUCGGGGACUACUUAGUCAAAUUCAAGAAUAUUAUAGGGAAUAAAAUUUCAACCAUAGAGGACGAGAUAACAUUUAUAGAACACAUAUACCAGAUUAACAACGACAUCUCACUCCUACGGCAUCACGUAGACGACAUAGGACAGAUUAUUUUCUCCGGGAAACUGGGAAUAAUUCCCACAGAUAUUCUCACCCAAACAGAACUCGAUUUAAUCACAAGCUUUGACAGCUAUACCAAUAUAAAAGUAGCCAUAGCACGUAAUGAAGGGAACGUUAUAAUAAUUCUCUCUAUACCACAAUAUUCCCAAGAUUCACUAUCCAAGGUAACAUUCGUACCCAUUCCUGACAAAAAUAAUAAAUCCAUAAUGGUUAAUCAUUCUGAUGUUCUUAUAGAUUUAGAAAGAAAUAUUUAUAGCACGUAUAUUAAAGAUAACCUAAAAAGAAAUCUUAUAAAAAUUAAUGAUAAUUGUUUGAACAAUAUACUAAACUUUGAAGAAGCUAAUUGCAAAACGCAAACAUUAAAUACACAAGAAAUUAGCGAAAUAAUUCCAGGAGUAUUAAUCCUUAAACACUUUAACAGUACGAUAUCACAUAAUUGUAACAAAGAUAAAUUAAAAAUUUCAGGAAAUUACUUAAUCAAAUUCGAAAAUUGUGAAGUAAACACGUUAAACAAAACCUUUACGAAUUUUAAAAUAAAAAUACAAGACAAGUUUAUCCUACCUAACCUUAUAACAAAAAUUAAAGAUACCAGUAACACAACACUUGCAGACAUAAAACUUGAAAAUUUAUAUCUAAAACAAAUAGAAUACGAGGAAACACUGAAACAAGUACUAUAUACAGAUAAAAACUCAAAAAUAAUUGGCUAUAGUAUAGAUAUUUUAAUCGGUACAUCAAUAUGUAUCUUAAUUAUAUUUAUAUAUCUCUUUAAGAAUAAACAAACCUAUGUUCCAAAUGUACAAUUAAAAAACCAAACUAUUAUAAACAAUCCGGCAAAGAUAAUAUAAUUUCGUCGGAGCCUCAAACUAAGGGUGGGGGUGUUAUAGUAUCAACUACUAAUUCCCCUCAACGAUAGUGUCUCCCGUUAUUCCCUUAAUGAGAAUCGUUCCACAUUUUAUUAUUCCAAAGAAUUGUUUACCAAAAUAUUAAUAUGCAAAUCCAGCAUUUUUAUAAAAUAAAUUUCCAAAGAAUAAAUAUUCAUUAAUACUUUAUUUGUAAGAA